UUCUUCUCGGCGAGAACAAUAAAAAAUAAUUCUCAGGCUAUUUGCUCAGAGAAAAAGGACAAUCAAAUGGACAAAGAAUCAUCUAAGUGCCCCUUUGUUGCUGAAAGCAUAAUCCAAAAAUGUCCUUUCCUCAGAAACAUCAACAAGCCUACCAGUUUCUCCCUCUCCUCCUUGAAUUUCCAAAUUCCUGUUGUGCAAGGAGAUAGUAGUAGAGGUCCGAUUUUUGAAGAUGGUCCUGGAUUUGAUUCAGCGUUUAAGCUCUUCCAUGGUAAAGACGGUAUUGUCCCGCUUUCUGGACAUUCUAGUUUCAGACAUGAUCUUGAAGAUGACACUCCUCUUCCUACUCCGCAAUUCAAUCCACUUGCGGGGAAGGUUGCUAGUGUUAGCUUAUCAUCUUUUGGUCCUGGAGGACCUUUUAGCUUUGGUCCCUUUUCCGACAAGUUUAAGAAACAGCAGAAGAAACAGCAGAAGAAACCCAACAACCAACAGUCUGGUGACUCAUCGAAACACGAAGCAGUUGGAGACGAGUGGUUAAAAACCGGGAACUGUCCAAUAGCGAAAUCUUACAGAGCUGCAAGUAAAGUCAUGCCUCUUGUAGCUAAAGCAUUACAGCCACCAUCUGGUAUGAAGUUUAGAUGUCCUGCUCCUAUAGUAGCUGCAAGAGCUGCUCUUUCCAAGACCCCUUUGGUUAAGCGCCUUCGCCCUCAGCCUUUACCUGAAAAGAUGCUUGCGAUUGCUCUCAUGGGGAUGGCUGCAAACGUGCCUCUCGGUGUUUGGAGAGAACACACUGUAAAGUUUUCGCCAUCGUGGUUCGUGGCGGUUCAUGCCGCUGUGCCGUUUAUAGCGAUGCUGAGGAAGUCUGUGUUGAUGCCUAAAGCUGCCAUGGCUUUGACUAUUGGAGCUUCGAUUUUGGGACAGGUGAUUGGGUCUAGAGCUGAACGUUACCGUCUUAGAGCGGUGGCUGUGAGUACAGUUGCUGAAACAUCUACCGUUGUUGCGGGUGAUGGAUAUGACCAGAUCGCGGAUGAUUCAGGCGUUGUGAAAGGGCAUUGUGGUUCAGGGGAAGGAGUGAAGGAGGUUUAUUACAAUGUGAAUGUUGGAGAAUCUCCUAAAUCUACUGGACUCUGUUAUUGAUAUAUGUUCUUAUUAAACCUACAAAUUAAUAUGUGAGGAUGUUUUGU